AAAAAAGGACUUGUCGUCCUUAUUUUUUGGGUGCUAUGUGCAGACAAGUUAUACACAAACCAUGGACAAGAGACUUGUCCUUGACUAACUAGUCAGGGACAAUUUUUGCUGCUACCAAACGGAUCCUUAGUUGUUUUUUUUUUUUUCCUGUGGUCUUUUUAGUCCAUAUAUUAAAGACCAGCUCAUUGUUGCAGGGUUGCCUUCCGUCGUCUCACAAUGAACUUCCAACGAACAUGGUUAAUGCGAGUGAUGUUGUUAGUGUUAAACAACUAGGCGAUGCCUAUUUUCAGCCAGUGGGAGAUCAAAAUAUCCACCCAUCCUUGUUCGAGACAAGUAAUGGAAAAGAUUUUGAAAUGGUUACAACAGGAACUGAUGAAACCUUGAAUUUGUUUGACCAGAAUACCUUACAGACUCAAGACAGCUUUGGAAUGUGGAUGAAGUACAUUGUCAAUGAAUCCCCAGGUGGUUUGAGGGAUCUGCCACCGGUGGGUCCGAUGUCAACUGAUCAUGCAUCAGGUUCACCUGCGACAAUGGAACAGUCUUUGCCUCAAGAGAAAGUUUUCAGUAUAACCGACGUCUCACCUGCGUGGGCUUCUUCAAAGGAAGAAACCAAGGUCAUAUUGAUUGGGCAUUUUCAUGAAGGUCAUACUCAUCUUGCCAGUUCCACUUUAUAUUGCGUCUUUGGUGAUCUAUGCGCUCCUGCAGAAAUGGUUCAAGUUGGGGUAUUUCGUUACAUGGCACGGCCACAAACACCUGGCUUGGUCACUUUUUACUUGACUUUGGCUGGGAACAAACCCAUUAGCCAAGUUCUGAGUUUUGAGUAUUGGUCAAUUUCAAUCAGUAAUAAGAAUAAUGGGCUGGAUUUAUCUGAAGCCGAUGAGUCCAAGUGGGAAGAUCUACGAAUUCAGAUAUGACUUUCUCAUUUACUCUUCUCCACGACUAACAUCACUACCAUUCUGUCAAACAAAAUUUUACCAAAUGCUAUAAAGCAAGGAAAAAAGUUCUCAUCCCUUGCCCCUUCCUACGAGAAAAAAUGGAUGAAUUUUAUCAAGUCAGUUGAGACCAACAAGGAGUCAUUUUCAGAAGCUACUCGCAAUUUGUUUGAGCUCUCUUUGAAGAACAAAUUCCAGGAAUGGCUUUUGGAAAGAGUGGUUGAAGGAUGUAAGACAACUGCCCGAGACCAUAAAGGUCAAGGGGUUAUUCAUUUGUGUGCUAUGCUGGGUUAUACAUGGGCGGUUUAUCCAUUUAUGCAUUCAGGACUUUCCUUAGAUUUUUGGGAUGCCUGUGGUUGGACAGCUCUACAUUGGGCGGCAUAUUACGGGAGGUAUAGAUUCUUUCACAGAUAAAUGAAAUCGCAGAAUAUGCAUAAUUGCAGUUCGAUAAUUAUUUGAUCAUAUAUUCCUCUUAUAACUUCUCAUCAGCAUUUCAUACAUCUUAGUCAUUAAUGUGAAGAAUGAUAUUGGACUCUUAUCCGUUAGAUUCAAAAAUAUAUGACUAAGUUCUCCAUAUUCGAACAUGGGCUUAUUUUCCUUGCUAUGGGAUUCAGAAGGUCCAAUAAGUAGUCUGUUCUCUUUGGCUAGCUAGACUAAUGAAGCUUUUGUGUCUACAAGAUUAUGGAACUUCAGUCCUUUAAUUGGGCUGUGUUUGGACAGACAAGAUAUUAAAUUGCAAAUGCCGUGUGAUCAAGAGGUUAUAACAAAAGUUGACGACAGUUCCUAGUAUUCAUACUAAAGAAGUAGCCUCAAAUUGCUGUUGCAUUCCUUUGAAGUCCAACUUAAAAGUAAUGUAUUGCAAUAUGGAGCCACAUCCUCAGUAUGAAUGCUGUUGAAGAAAAUACGAUUUAGCUAUUUCGCACCUUUAUGCCAAUAAUUGCAAUUCAAUUGGAUAAUUCUUACAAAGGCACCCUUACCCUGUUUUGACUGAUGCUGUUGUUGUCUGCAAACUGAAUUUUCGACACUCCCUACAGCUGCUCUGGUGCACCUUGAAAUCAGUUUUGUUUGUUUGUUUUGUUUUGUGGGUGCGGUUGGGGUGGGGGUUCUGGUUCCAUUGGGGAUGCUCUAGCUCUUUUAUUUAUUUAUUUGACUCGGUGAUUCAAACCGACUCGGUGAUCUGUAACAUUUACUGUUUCUUUUACCCAAGACGCACAAAAUUGAUAGAAUGUCAAUUGACCCAUUUAGGUAACACCAAUUGCUUCUUGUGAGCAUCUGUCAUGACAAAACUGGGUCAGUGGCAGAGGUCUGAUCUACUGUCACUGAAUGCAAGUGCUUC